UAAAGUCUCACUCCGCCCUCCGCGCUGAAUCAUCAUCAAUAUAUUGAGGAUGUCAAUGGACAAUACUUAGUACUGAGUCAGUGGUAGACGGCGCCGACCUAAUCAGAAGAGUUGCUUCCCAUUAAAGCUCCGACCCACAGUUGCGCCGCUCCGAGCUCUUCUUUUCCCCCUCCCCGCCUGCCCCGCGUCGUCGUGACCCGAAAUCAACACGACUUCUCCUUGCGCAGCAUAGCUUUCUUACGAGACUUAAGCUCACCUCACCUUUUAAUAUCAGUACAAAAUAAGCGAGUUCAAGCAUCAACAAGGGACAUCAUGGUCGAACACGAGCCUGAGCCCAAGCGCUUUUCCCCUAAGAUUCCUGUGCAGCUUGAUCCUCCCAAAUAUGACCCGAUUAGCCCGGAGGAACUGUCGAGAUGCGACGGCACCGAUUCGAACCGCCCUACGCUGGUCGCAAUCAAGGGAAUUGUUUUUGACGUGACUCAGAACAAGGCCUACAGCCCGAGCGGAGCGUACCAUGUGUUCGCCGGAAAGGACCCCUCCCGCGCCCUGGCCUCCUCGUCACUCAAGCCUGAGGAUUGCCGACCUGAUUGGUACGAUCUCGAGGAUAAAGAGAAGACGGUACUCGAUGAAUGGUUCACAUUCUUUAGCAAGAGAUACAACAUUGUCGGGAAAGUGCAAGAUGCUACCAAUUACUGAGAGAAGUGGAUGGAACAUCUGUAAUACUUCAUCUAUUAGCCAGCGCUCUUCUGUUAUGAGCGCACCAAGUAUGCCUGAGGACCGGCAUUUGGUGCCUCCUGAGUCUUGUUGUGAUACCUACCAUCUUAGUCUAUCUAUACCAGAGCAAUGAUGUGAUUUUCAAUGAUUGCCAA